UCACUCACCUCGUUGUCAUUCAAAGGCGACUGUGUCCUAGACUUGGCCUACCUUCCAAAAUCACUCAAGACCUUGGAUCUCUCAAACAAAUUUAACCAGCUACUCAAGCCAGGGGAGCUACCUUCAACAUUAACUUCUCUCUCCUUUGGACACGAAUUCGACAAUGAGCUGUUGCCCGGGGUCCUUCCACAAUCACUCUUAUCUCUUUCAUUUGGCUGUCGUUUCAAUCAAACUCUUCAGCCUCGAUCACUCCCUUCCUCAUUGACCAACUUAAACCUAGGUAGUUCACCAUUCACAUCUGGACUUAAUGGCAUGCUACCGGCACUCAUCAAACUAGUGAUCGGGUGUGGAUUUGGGUCCAAUGCACCAUUUACCCCUGGCAUAAUACCUUCAACAGUUCAAACUUUGGUGAUUGGAAAUAAUCAAUAUCAGAAUUUCAGUUAUGGAUUCCAGAGUGGUGAGACACCCGAUUACUACAUUCCCGACUCAAUCACCGAUUUGACAUACAACGGAUCACUUAGAGUUGGUUUGAUACCAAACUCGGUUACCAAUCUGACAUUCAAUUGUUAUAGAUUCGGGGGAGCGAUCGAAACUGGCUACAUUCCCGAAUCAAUCACCAGAUUGGAUUUUGGUCACAAUUUCAAUUGGCCUAUUAUCAAAGAAUGUCUACCGUCAUCAAUCAAGACACUGAUGUUUGGAGACCUUUUCAAUAAUUACAUUGAACCGGGGGCGCUCCCUAAGUCACUAACAUCCUUGAGAUUUGGAUAUGGAUUCUCAAGAGACAUUUUGAUUGGAGAACUGCCUUCCUCAAUCAACCAUUUGGAAUUUGGCAAUAUCUAUUACAAUGGAUUCGCAGUUGGUGUGUUGCCUACUUCACUCAAAACAAUGAUCCUAAGAGCUAGCCAAAUAAGACCCAUCAAGUUCUCUGGCAAGCUUAACUUUCUUUCUAUACCAUCACUGCUCCAUAUCCAGAACGUUCAUUGUCAAGUGGAUCAUCUCAUAUUGACAAAAUUGGAAUUGAGGGACAUUUCCAAAAUGCCAACAAUCCUUCCAGUGACAAUACCGAUCAAGACAUUGAGUGCAAGUGCCCCUGGAAGAACAUUCAAUAAGCGAGCACAAUUCAUCAAUGAGAUCAUCCGAGUCUCUCCCAAUGCAGAUGUAUAUAACUUUACCAUAACAAAGGCCAAAGGUGAUUGGACCAUUCAAUUUCGCAAGAUUGAAGGGCACUUGUUAUUAAGUGUCACCAAUCACCGAACCAUUGAAUUCUUCAAAAUGAAUGUACCAAAAGAGAUCAAAGCAGAGGAGUUGAUACAACAGUUAACAAUGGAGAAUGACUCACUCAAAUCUCAGUUGGCCGAAGCAAAUGCCAAGUUGGCUGAGCUUAUCGGAGUCGGCCCUUCCACAUCCUCAGACAAUGAUGAGGACAGCUCUGAACCUGAGCCUGAGCCCGAGCCACCAGUCACCAAGAAGGCAACAGCCAAAAGAACCAGU